AUGACUGCUGAAGGAUGCGGAAUACUUUUUGAAGCAGAGGUCAAUGUAGAUGGAAACGGCCGAUUCCACAACACAACAUCCGGUGUUGCAGAAUCGGCCGUGCCUUAUCUACCGGCUGUGGUCGCCGGAUGUAAACAAAAACAUCCGGUGUCAAUGAAACCAUCUGGUGUGAACAUGCGGGUCAACAUCCGGCGUCCACAUCCGUUGACAACAUCCGGCGCCAAGAGCCGUGUGAACGAACUGACAAAAGUCGACUUGCUGGAAAGACGAUUGAUGGGUGCGGAUGUGGCAUCCAUCGAUUUAACUGGGCUGAUGGAUGACGACGAAGAUGAUGCAUUUGAUGCAUAGAGAUUAGCACUGGAAACUUCGCAGUUCGCCAUCGGAGGAGCUGAAACAAAACCAUCGUCAGAAACGACAAUUUGCAUAAGUGAAUCCACAGCGCCGCGACUGGUCGCGGAUCCAGCAUGUCCCGUAUUUAUAUACUCACCGCCCAAAGAGACGCAAGUAGAAUGAUUUAUUAAUUUUUGAGAUAUGAUAAAAAAGGAAAUUUUUUGUUAUUUAAUUUUUUGUUUUGUUUUAGUGACAUUUGGAGUGCUAUAGUACAAAGGGCAGAUUCCUCCCAAAUAUCAAAACAUUGGGAGGACUUGCCGAA